GUAUUUGUGUAAGUUUUCCGAGGAAAAUGGCACAACUAUACCCGACCCGCUGCUUGCAAAAAUCACAGAGGUCAUUUCAAAUUCCAUUUUCGUCCCUAGGGUUUCAAAAUUCAACACUUGACCGUGGUUUUGUCAAUUAACAAUGGCGUAGCUUCUGGAAUCUUCGAUUUCACCUUUUCCCGGUUUCUCUCUCUCAUUUCUUUUGCAGUAAUAUCCAUUGAGUUUAGACGAAUUUUGUUCCGUCUCAAGUUCAUUGUCAGAUAAAAGAGAAGCAAUAAUGGAGAGAACUCCAUCAGCUUGUGCGAUGCAAUGGAGCAUAGACCUUGAAAAGGGCCUCCGUUCUAAUAAACCUGGUAAAUCUACCAGAGCCAUACUAGAUAUUGGGCCAAGACUUGAGUGGUGGAGUAGAGAGUCAAAUCUUCAUGCUGCUGAGUACAAAAUAUUCGGCUUAAUUCCUGGGGAAGAUAAGCUAUUUGCAAAUGCUGUCCUUCUUAGGCUUGCGGAUGCAUUCAGGUCAGGAGACAAACAAAUGAAGCUUUGCAUAGUGAAGAUUUUCUUGUCCGAGCUCAAGCAGAGAAGACGAUUGAGGAGCGAGGGGAGAAAAGAUGAGGGAAUCCUUUCAAAGGAUAAUUUAGAUAGCUGUACCGAACUUUUGACUAGAAUAAAGAUAGUAUUCGACUCUGGAAACGAUGAAGAGAGAGCAUUGGCUUUAGCUCUAUUUGGUUGCUGGGCUCAUAUUGCGAAAGAUAGCGCUGAUGUUAGAUACCUCAUACUUUCAAGCUUGGUCUCAACGCAUAUUCUGGAGGCAAAGGCUUCUUUGUUUGCAGGUGGAUGCUUUUCUGAAUUGGCUGAUGACUUUGCUUAUGUAUUUCUGGAGAUGCUUGGAGGUCUGUUGACAUCAUCUGAAACACCAAGGGCUAUAAGGCUAGCAGGAGCACAUGCUUUUGCUAAAAUGCGGUGUUCAAUUUUACUAGCGGAUAAAGCUCAUAAGACUGGCAUGAAGCUUAUCAGAGAAUCUCCAGAGGAAGACUUCUCUAUGGUGAUGCUAGUUUCACUUUCCAAAAUUGCUUUUAAAUGGACAUCUCUAAUUCCUAUACAGAUGGAAUUGCUUCUCUCAUUUAUGAAUAAGGAAAGAGGUUUGAGCCUGCAAGCUAUGGCAUUAAAAUGUCUCUGUUUCAUUUUAGGCAAAGGAAUGUAUCAGUUCCCUGCCAGUUCAAAUAUGACUCUAAAGUUGCUUGGUCUUAUAAAUCAGUCUGAUUUUCCACCAGCUUUGCAUUUUGAAGCCCUAAGAGCUUUUUGCAAGAUAUUGCCGCCCAACCUAGAUACAAUUCCAUGCACAGAGAUCCUCACUAUUUUCUCCAAGUUCAUACAAAUUGUCGAGUUCAGAAUACUAUCCCCAAUUAUCUCAGAGAGGGUUUUCGCUGUUCAUGUAUUAGCUAGUAUUUUUGACAAACUUUUGGGAACACUGAAAGAUGCAGCAGAUGGAAUUAGUUCAAUUGUUGCAUUUAACAUGAUUACUUUCACAGUCGGUCGCGUCUCCCAACUAAUAAAGUUAGUGCUAGAGAAUCCUCAUCCAGACACGGAGGUGGAGCAGGAGAUAAAGAGUUUACUCCUUAUUUUAGUUUAUCUGGUUGAAGGACAUCGAGAUCUCUCUGGUAUUGUACUGGAUAAGAGCUGCAUAGUUAUUGAACAUGUGGUCAGCAUGCUCAAUGAAUUCAUCGGCAUGACACAUUCAAGCUCAGAAGAUCACCAUAUAACAGAGCUUGACAGAGAGAACCAUACAUUAAUUGCAUCCAGAGUUUUGGUUUAUGUAUCCCAACUUCUGAUAACUUGCUUUGAAGUGCUGGAUGUUUCCACUGCUGGUGCCACCCAAGUCUUUAACAGAAUGGAGCACCUGGUUGAGCACGUGCACCAGUGCAGCUUACUUCCUACUUAUAUCCGCCUAAUAUAUCACCUCUUAUUGCACUUCCAUGCUGCAUAUCAGUGUAUGUGGCUGGAGAUAGGGGAAGAUAUGGUUGCUAAUAGGAAUUUCCGCCUAUCUCGUUGUAGUUCUUUCUCACAUGAUGGUUCCCUUUCCCAGCAUGAAAUUCUUAUUAUUGAUUGUGUGAAGGAAAUUCUGUAUAAAAAAGAUUAUUGGUCGUCUUAUAAGCUUGGAAAAUAUGCUGCAUGUCGUGGUGCAUGGUUGGUAGCUGCCUACAUAUUUAGGGAAUUGAUACCUAUGGUUCAAUCUGAUAUCUGUUGUUCUUGGUUGAAAUCCAUAGCCCAUCUUUCAGAACUGGAAAGGCAAGUCCAGUUGCUUGGGAUUACUCUUUCUGGAAAUACUGCUGGGAAAAUUACGACAGUUAAUCACAUUGAAAAUGUUGUCGGGGCCUGCAACAAGCUUUGUUCUUUAGAGAAAGCUUUUGAUGCCUCUGUUUCUGGUCUUACUUAUAGUUUCCAGAGAUGGUUUAUUACUUUAAGAUCAAAGGUUGUUAAAACUGUAGCAGAUGUACUUAAAUUAUUGAGCAUGAAUUCGUUUUCACAAGAAGCCACCACAAGUACUAAACAAAUAGAGGAAAAGAUUUUGUUUCAGCACUUGGAAUCUUCGCAAGGGCUCAGCUCUUUGUUGCAAUUGCUUGCCCACGCUUCUUCCCAGUUCAUGAGGCUAGUAAAGGAAUUUGAUCUCUUAGCAACAUCAUGCAUUGGCAUGGACAGAAAAAUUAUGAAGAUAGUUUCUGACCUUGGAUUAAGUUGUUCGCUCUUAGCCUUCAGUACCGGAUUAGCAUUUUGUUUUGCCAGUUCCAAUGCUAAACAAGACUGUAGUAUAUAUGGUCUUGAAACCUCAGAGGAGCAAUUUCGUACUCUGCUGGUUCAUGACUUAUUAAGGAGACUGGGGUAUAUAGACUUAGAAACUAGCAAAAAUUUGCGGCAGCUUUUGAAUUUCCGUCGAAGCUCUAGGAGUUGCUCAGUGCAAGAAUUCCAAAAUGAAUUAUCUACUACUCGUGUUGAAGCAAGAGAUGUUUCUAAGCUUUGUAGAUAUUCCGUUCAGAGAUUUCUUAGUUUGCAAGCAAGUACCGUACAUGACAAUACUGGUAUAUCCCGAGCUCCUCAUGAUGCUCUGCAGUUGCUGUUCAACAUUAUUUCCUCCUGGAUACAGAUCCCUUUCCGGACUCCGAAACACUUUUUCCAAUUCAGGUCCCCCAUUUCUGCUGAGCUUUUCAUAACAAAUGAAGAUGGUAAAAGGAUGGAUGAUAUAUCUGUCUUGUCAGGCUUUGAGAUCCCUCUAACUCUGUGCAUUCAACUAAGAAAUAUAUCUCCAGACCAGCUGUCUCAGGUGUCAAAAUUGUACUGCAUCCUUCACUCACGAACAUCCUUCCAAGUAUUUAGUGCAAACGGGGAUAAGAAAGUACCAGAGUCCAGCUGUCAAGCUUGGAAAAGUGAUCACAUGGUAGACCUUAAUGACAAGCUAUUGCACUUUACAACAGGUUCUACCAAGAGGGGUGGAUUACAUGCUAUGGAAAGUGCUGAAGGGAUUUAUGCCGUGGAUAAAGUUGUAUUUUUUGAUCCUAAUGAGAAAGGGCAAGGAUUUGCAGCCUGCUUGCUAGAUGUUUCAGCAUUUCCUGUGGGUUCUUACCAAAUCAAAUGGCACAGCUGUUGUAUAGACAAUAAUGGAACUUACUGGAGCCUUAUGCCCCUGAACACUGAUCAGUUCUUCACCGUACAUGAAUCUUCUAAUAUUGGUCCUGUUGUUAGAGUGCCAUAGACUGCAGUUCUUUAGUUAGAGCCAGAAAGAAGUUGUUAAUAGAUAUAUUUAUUGGUAGUUUAUUUAUUUAACUAUACAAUAAGCAUGAGUCCCAUGAACGACCAAGGGUAGUUCGGUAAACUCACCUUGUACAAAAUUUAUCUCUUUAAUUUUACCUUUAUAGCUCCGUAUUUUCUCACAAAUUCUCCACGCAGCUAGAACGUUCUCCUUUCAGGUGUGCUUCUUUUCCGUACUAUUUCUCUUGCUCGAUUGGUAGUUCUAGAAGAAUCAAUUCUUUUCUCUUCUGUUCUAGAUUUUCAAGGGCGGAUCUUUGCUUUCUCAUCUGGGUGUUGCAUUUUGGAUUUUCAAACUCAAAUUUCCUCAAGCAAAAAAAGCAAGAAAAUAACUGAUAGGGGUGUCGAUUUGAUGUCAAUCUCGAAGAUACCUCUGGCUCAGCAACUCGGAUGAUUAUGGACAAAGAAGGAGAAAAACUAUUAUCUCUUACUGCAGCAGAGAUUUACGAAAGAGUUUCAGCUGAGAAUGAGAACCUGCCAGUGGAAGAUUUCCAAAGCAAAUUUGGCCAGAAGCUGUUCAGAAUUCAAGUAAAGAAACCGUUUGGCCAUGCUUCAUCCACAUCAUCUUCAAAAUUGUAUAUCCAGUCUUGUGUUGAAAAGGAAAGCAUUAUUCAUUCUCUCCCAGCACCAGCCACAACCUCAAUAAAUAUCAGCGAAAGCAAUAAAAGGAAAAAAGAAUAUGUAUCUUCCCAUGAUACAAAAACAAAGCUGCCAACCGAACAAGUUGUUUUGCAGGAAAAUCAAGUGUUUACUAUAACGUGCUCAAUUUUUGGCUUGUACGUAGAUUUCCAGUGACUUCUAUAGUCAUGGAAUAAAGUCUUCCUCGGUUAUGACAGUUUUGCAACCAGAUUGGUCUUUAAAUAUGGUCCCAUCCCACGAGAAGAUUACGCUGAGAAAAUGGUCCAGUGAUAGAAAUCAGAGACUAGAAGGUGAAUGUGAAAGAGAAAUUGAGACGGAACCAAAGUGCGUAAAAAUUAAGACUUCUGGUGGAAGUCUAAUUGGUGGAGGUGAAUUGUUGAUGAUCUUGUGGAUGUAAAUUGUAGAAUAAGAGGAAGCAAUUUUCGCAGCACAUUAAAGCAAGUAAUAGAGUUCUUGGAUGCUUAUUUUGAUACUACACAGUCAAUGGUGUAAAUUUUGUUUAGUUGUUGCAUGUCCACAAUCUGCUGCUCCUAUAGCAUCACCACCACUGCCUCCAACAAAUACAACAAUGCCCCCUUCCUAUAGCAUCACCUUCACCGCCACAACCACUAAUUUCUAUUCCAGCACCUCCUGUAGAAUCUGCUCCUCCAACCACUAAUAUCUUUAGAUUGUUCUACAGGUUUUGGCCAAGUUUGUCAGCUUUUCCCAUCUGUAACCUUGCAUCUCCUUGAUGUUUUACUAAUGAAUUUUAUUACUUUACCAAAAAAAAAAAAAAAUUAUUCCUCCACCUGCUAUGAUUCAGAAUAAAGAAUUAUUUAUCAAUGAAAAAUAAAGGAUUAUGUAUGAAGAGAUUGUUUACAUUCAUAGCUACUAAAAUUAUAAGUUAUCUUUCCAAUUAGAUGUGUGGGAACAUAAUCAAAUAUUUGAAUAUGUUUUAAAUGUAGGAAGCAUAUAUAUAUAUAUAUAUAUAUAUAUAUAUAUAUAUAUAUAUAUAUAUAUAUAUAUAUGCACGAGCUGUUAUUAAAUGCUCUACUAUGACAAAAGAAUUGUAGGAUGUGCAGGAGGUGAAGGCAAAGAUAAGCAUGAUGUUGUUUGAUUCUGGCUAGAGAAGAGCAAGCCACAUGAAUGCCCAGUAUGCACACAGUAUUUUGUGGUCAUAAUUAUGUUCCAAUUGUCAGAAUCCAAAUUCCAAUCCAAUCUCAUACAAAUGUUGGAGCACCUACCAAGCUACCUAUGUAAUUUUGUUCCACAAACUGUCUUUGUUUUUCAUUUCCUGCAAACUACUCCUGUAACUUUGUUCCACAAAUGAAUGUAAUAUACUAUUACGCAUGUCAUGUUAAUAUUUAGUUUAAUCA